CCGCGGAGCCGCGGCAGGAGCGGCUGAGGAUGCGGCGCGCGGACGAUGCUCCUGAGCCUGCUGGUGCUGCUGGCCGCGCUGCUGCAGGGCCCGCGCGCCGGCGCCCGCGCGCAUGGCUUGCCCAGCCCCAAGUUGGUGUGGUUUGAAGCAGAGUUCUUCCACCACGUUCUCCACUGGAAACCCAUUCCUAGUCAGUCCCAAAACAUCUACUACGAGGUGAAGGUCCUGAGGUAUGGCCUGAAGUACUGGAAACCUGUCCCCAGCUGCAGCCAGAUGCGGGCGCAGUCCUGUGACCUCACCAUGGACACUCUGGACCUCUAUCACACCACCAGUUACUGGGCCAAAGUUCGGGCAGUGGACGGAAGCCAGCGCUCCAACUGGACUGUCACCCUCACCCGUUUCUCCAUUGAUGAAGUGACACUGACCAUUGGCAGCUUGAAGCUGGAAGUGGAGAAUGGCUCCAUCCUUGGGACCAUCCAGCCCCCCAGGCCCCGGGCCGCACCCGCGGGCGACACUUACGAAAGCAUCUUCCCCUACUUCCGCGAGUAUACGGUCUCCGUGCGCAAGGUGCCAGAGCCCAACACGUACAUCGAGAAGACAGAACAGAAAGAAAUCUUCCGCCUCGCCAUGAACGGAGAAGUGGGAGAGUUCUGUGUCAAGGUGAAACCGUCCAUCAGCUCCCGUGUGAACCCAGGGCUGUGGUCCCCAGAGGAGUGCGUGGUGCUCGUCCAGCAGUAUUUCACGGCCAGCAACCUCAUCAUCUUCUUUGUCUUUGUCCUGCUGCUCUGCGGGGCGCCGGCCAUGUGCCUGGGCCUCCAGCUCUAUGUGCGUGGUGGCGGGAAGCUGCCGGCAGCCCUGGUCUUCGAGAAGCCGGGCCCCCUUGGCCUUGUCAGCCAGUUCCCGCACCCAGACCCCAUCCAGCCCCUGAACUCGGAGACCUUCCUACAGGAUACCCCCAAGCUAUUCGACUCAGAGCUGUACACCAGCACCGACAGCGGCUUUGGCAGCGUCAGGCCCUCCCUGCAGUCACAAGAGACCCCCGGCCUUGCCACCCCCAAGGCCCGCGGCCCUCUGGGAAAGAGGGCCUCCCUGGAGGAGCUCCACAGUGAUGGCAGCACCGACAGUGGCGUCUGCCUGCAGGAGCCCAGCCUGGGUCUCGGCUUGGAGCCCCCCUGGGAGCUGCAGCAGGAUGACGACAGUCGGGGCCAGGAUGACAGUGGCGUUGGCCUGACACACGGCUCUGAGGAGCAGCCUGCACCCGACCAGGGUGGCUCGGCCUCGGACCAUGUUGACCCCCCAGGACCUGGGGUGCUUGGGGAGGAAUACCCCACUGACGUGACCUUCCAGGGCUACCUGAAACAGACCAGAGGCACCGAGGAGAAGGCAGCCCAGGUGGACUGCCUGGAGGAGGAGUCCUACUCCCCAGAUGACCUCGACCCCAAAUUCCAGACGUGCCUAGAGGCUGAGGUCGACCAGACGCCACCAGCAUUGACCAAGGGCUACUUGAAACAGGACGCUUCAGGACGGAGUCUUGUGCCCACAGGGGCCUCCUCUGAACAGUGGAGUCACCCCACCGAGGGGUGGUCUCUCCUCACCUUGACCACCUGUGGGGACCUGGGUGCCUCUGACUGGAGCUUUGCCUGUGGCCUGGCCCCUCUGGAGAGCGUGGCUGCCCACGGGGGUCUCCUGGGUAGUCUGGACUCCGAGCUGGCCUCCUUGCCCUUCAUCUCCAGCCUGCGUGUGGAUGAGUGACUGUGGCUGAGGCCCUGCUUCCACUCCAGUGCCUGGGCAGGGGCCACUGACCUCGGGGUCAGGUGGCCAGGGCUGCUGUCUAGGAAAUCUGACAGGGUCGGUCAGGACAUCCCCCAGGGGGCUCUUAGGAGCUCUGCGUUGCGGGGAGGCUGAGGGGCUGUAGUCUGCCAGAAGGGCCAGCCUUAGCCCCCUGGUGUCAGAGGGGCCAGCCUUAGCCCCCUGGUGUCAGAGGGGCCAGCCUUAGCCCCCGGUGUCAGAGGGGCCAGCCUUAGACCCCUGGUGUCAGAGGG